GUGGCUGCAAGAGACAGAAGGUAAAUCCAACAACGGUUUUCAAUUCAACCAUUGUCGUUUAAGCAUGUUUUAAUCAACACCCCAAAAGGUAGGAGGAAACAUUGGAGCGUCCACGAAAUGAGUUCUGAAUUUGUUCUGAGGCGCAUAACUUGCCGGAUUUUCCAGGGAGUGAGGGAGCGUGAGUUCUGUCCACAUUCUAUAAGGCAUGCAGUUUCAAGCCAUUUCUGACAAUUAAGUAACACAUUAAAAGACUCUAUAAAUACUCGGCCCUCCUAAAAUGAUGCACAGCAGUCAUAUUUAUAACAAAGUUUAGCUAACACAUCAAAUAUCCUGCCUAGUACUCAGCUAUCACAAAAUGGCCCUCUCAACUAAUUGGAGGCUUAUUUUUGCUGUGUUACUAGUGCUGGAAAUGUGGACUUAUCAGGCCACAGCCCGCUCACUGCCUGAUGCAUCAAUGAUUGAGAGACAUGAGGAAUGGAUGGCACAACAUGGACGUGCCUACAAAGACGAUGUUGAGAAGGCCAAGCGAUUCAAAAUAUUCAAGGAAAAUGUGGAGUACAUCCAGUCCUUUAAUGAAGCAGGGACUCGCCCUUACAAGCUUGCGGUAAACAAGUUUGCUGAUUUGACAAACGAGGAAUUUCAGGCGUCCCGAAAUGGAUACAAAAUGGGAUCUUACGGGAAGGCAUCUAAGGUUUCAUCAUUUAGGUAUGCAAAUGUUACUGCAGUUCCAACCAGCAUGGACUGGAGACAGAAAGGAGCUGUCACUGGUGUUAAGGACCAGGGCCAAUGUGGAUGCUGCUGGGCAUUUUCAGCUGUUGCAGCCACGGAAGGAAUCAACCAGCUCACAACUGGGAAAUUGAUUUCGUUAUCUGAACAAGAACUUGUGGAUUGCGACACAAGUGAAGAUGAGGGCUGCAAUGGUGGUCUCAUGGACAAUGCUUUUGAGUUCAUUAUCAGUAAUGGUGGCAUAACGACUGAAUCCAAUUACCCGUAUGAGGCCGUUGAUGGCACCUGCAACUCUAAGAAGGAAUCAUCUCAUGCUGCCAAGAUUACAGGAUACGAGGAUGUUCCGGCCAACAGUGAGUCUGCGUUGCUGAAAGCUGUGGCUAACCAACCAGUAUCUGUGGCAAUUGAUGCUAGCGGAUCCGAUUUCCAGUUCUACACGAGUGGAGUUUUCACUGGACAGUGUGGAACCGAGCUGGACCAUGGCGUUACAGCAGUUGGGUAUGGGAAAACUAGUGACGGAACCAAGUAUUGGCUGGUUAAGAAUUCAUGGGGAACUAGCUGGGGUGAGAAUGGAUAUAUUAGAAUGCAAAGGGAUGUUGAUGCUGCAGAAGGUCUCUGUGGCAUUGCCAUGCAAGCUUCUUAUCCAUCAGCUUAAAAUUGUUGAAACUUUGGAUGAAGUUGUACGAGCUCCCUUAUUAAGAUAGUCCUGUCCUUAGAAGAUGUGUGUGGAUAUAUAUGUAAAUUACUUUCCUGUUCCAAGAA